UGACGUAAGCAGAAUGCGACGGCGCUUGGAGCUCCGUGUCUGAGCAGCAGCAGCAGCGGCAGCAGCAGCGGGGAGAGAUGGUCGUGUUCCCGGAGCGGAGCCGCGGCCUGUGGCGGCUCACGGUGCUCCUGCUCUCCGUGUCGUCGCUGCCCGCGGCCACGGCGCUGCUGGAGGGGCUCUACUGCGGGACGGAGGUCUGCUACGACGUGCUGGGAGUCUCCCGGGAGGCCUCCAAGGCGGAGAUCGCAAGGGCUUACCGGCAGCUGGCCCGCCGGUACCACCCGGACCGGUACCGGCCCGAGGAGCCCGGAGAUGAGGAGAACUCUCACACGAAGUUCCUGCUGAUUGCUACAGCUUAUGAGACACUGAAGGAUGAAGACUCGCGGCGCGACUACGACUACAUGCUGGACCAUCCUGAGGAAUACUACCAGCACUACUACGCCUACUACCGCCGCCGCCUCGCCCCCAAGGUCGACGUCAGGAUCGUCAUCCUCGUCACCAUCUGCGCCAUCUCCGCCGUCCAGUACGUCAGCUGGUGCAGCAGCUACAACAAGGCCAUCAACUACCUGGUGACCGUCCCGAAGUACCGGAUCCAGGCCACCGAGAUCGCCAAGCAGCAGGGCCUGCUCAGCCGCACCAAGGAGAAGGGCAAGAACCGGCGCUCCAAGGAGGAAAUUCGCGAGCAGGAAGAGGAAGUGAUCCGUGACAUCAUCAAGAACAAGAUCGACAUCAAGGGCGGCUACCAGAAGCCGAGCCUGUCGGACAUCCUGCUGUGCCAGAUGGCGCUGUUCCCCUUCUACCUGAGCCGCUACGUGGCGUGGUACGCCCGCUGGGUGUACCGCUUCACCGUCUGCCGGGAGGAGUACGGCGAGGAGGAGAAGCUCUACCUCAUCAGGAGGAACAUGAAGCUGUCGCAGGCGCAGUUCGACAGUCUGGAGGAAAACGCCAAGCAGACGUUCCUGGAGAAACAGCUGUGGGUCCGAGAAAAUUACGAGGCGUACAGGAAGGAGCGCGAGGAGGAGAUGAAGGUCAAGCUGGCGACCGACCCGAAGAUGAAGCGGUACCGCCGCUGGAUGAAGAACGAAGGCCCGGGUCGGCUGACCUUCGCGGACGACUGACGGCGGCGCCGCCCGUCCAGAACCAACACAGCUGCCUCAGCGCCGGCUCAACGCCCGGCCCGGCCCGACCCGACCCGGCCCGGCGCCGGCGGACUCCAGCCCGGCGGUUUGCAGCCGUCGCUACAGAUAUUUUCCUACAGACGCCUCAGAGUGACUGAAUAAACUGCGAGCUGAAGCUUGAUUUAUUUCUGUAUUCUAACAUUUUUACCCAUUAAAAGAAUCAGAUCAAGUUUAUAUUUAAGAUCAAACAUUUGUGAUAUUUGUGUUAUUUCCUCCACAUUUCCGCCUUUUAAGCCUGAAAUAUAAAUAUAAGUGUCCUUUAAAAAGGCAGCAACACGUAACCUCCUGCUGCUGAUGAAGCCGUUGAUAAACAGAUGAAUGUUUUUUUUGUCGUGCCUGCAGCGUCCGACGGUUCGAUGCUGCGCAGCUGAGCGCCGUCUGUCCUGCAAUACCGCAGCGUUCCUCCGGGGGCGAUGGUGAGUGCUGUGGCGUGUUGUGCUGCUUUCUGUUCGCCAUUGUUUAACGGCUAUGCAAUGUUGGGCUAACGCGACAAAAUGGCCGAAGUUUAGACGUCAGAGGGACGAAAAGCUUCAAGGUUUUUAGGAAACGGUUCAAUAAAAAUGGUUUCAAUGUUUUUAUUAAAGUUCUGGUUCUGUUCUGGUGCAGAAAAUAGAACAGUUUUCACUGGGAUCUGGUCUGAUUGGGCUAAUUGCAAAAAAAAAAAGUUUACGAUUACAUGGUGAUAAACUGUAUUUGUUCAGAUUAGCUGAAAAAAUAAAU